GUUGCGAACGCAACACCAGAACGCCGUUUUGCAAGAGCUUUACAUUAUCCAACACGUCGCCGCUGUAAACUUUUACCUUCGCGCGUUUAUUUAAAAUUCCAAAACGGACAGUGAUGUGAGUGUUCAGUGGAUGAUUAGAAAAAUUAUGAACAAGUGCUAGUUUCUUGUUUUUCAACCAGAGCGACAGUUGCAAAAUGUUUUUGAGUUUGUGCCUUGUUAUUUGGAGUGCCUUCGCGCCGGCUCUGGCCCAAGGUGAAAGGCGCUGUGGCCAUCCAGCUGUGCCUCCAAAUGCAAGAGUAUCCAUAGCCAGCAACAAAGAUAUUGUCCCGGGUACCAUUGCUACGUACGAAUGCGAUCAGGGUUACGAACUCUUUGGUGCCCAUCAGAGAGAAUGCACGCUCAGAGGAGAGUGGACAGCGGAGGUUCCAUUCUGUGGAACCAACGUGGCCUUCCGAAAACCAGCGAACCAGUCAACCACGGUCCGCGGUGGAACAGCAGCCAAUGGCAACGACGGUGAGAAGACCACAGAACAUGAUGGAAAGCGGUGUACCGAAACGCAAAGGGAAGCGUCUCCUUGGUGGCAGGUGGAUUUACUCCGCCAUUAUGCUGUCAAGGUUGUCAGGGUCACCACUAGAGGUUGCUGCGGUCACCAACCGCUGCAAGACCUGGAAAUCAGGGUGGGCAACAGCAGCAGUGACCUACAACGAAAUCCUCUCUGCGCCUGGUUUCCUGGUACAAUCGAUGAAGGAGUCACAAAAACAUUCACAUGCGCACGUCCACUAGUCGGGCAACAUGUUUUCCUGCAGCUAGUCGGCGUGGAAGGAUCGCUCUCACUUUGUGAAGUUGAAGUCUUCACCACGGAAGAGUUCUCGAACGAUCGAUGCGCGCCACCCGGGGCCCCAGCGGAAAUCGAGCUGGCAGCCUUCUCCAGAAGCUGCUACGAGUUCAAUGUUAACAAGGGUGCUUCUUUCGAAGAUGCCCGCAGACAGUGCAAAGCGCACGGUGGGGACCUUAUUCAUGGCUUCCAGGGAGCGACAUCGAGUUUUCUAAUCCAAGAGCUAGACCGCCGCAAGUCACAGCUGAAGACUCAACUCGUGUGGAUUGGAGCGCAGAAGGAGCCGGGGCUCACAUCUAGGACUUGGAAAUGGGUUGAUGGUGACGUGGUAUCGCGCCCGGCAUGGGGCAAAGAUCAGCCGAACAACUACAAUAGUGAACAGAACUGCGUUGUGCUCGAUGGGGGAAGAUCUUGGCUGUGGAACGAUGUGGGCUGCAACCUUGACUACCUGCACUGGAUCUGCCAGUACCUGCCUCCAUCCUGUGGAAGUCCAGACAAGCUCCUGAACACCACCAUCGUGGGGGACAGCUACCAAGUCGGAGCCAGCAUCGCGUACAGAUGCCCUGAAGGUCACAUGCUCAUUGGAGAUCAGACUAGGGAGUGCAAGAAAGAUGGGUUCUGGUCUGGUAGAGCUCCUAGCUGUAAAUAUGUAAACUGCGGGAACGUCACGCCAAUCCAAGAUGGUGACGUCACUCUAAUCGACGGUAGAACAACGCACGGAGCGAGAGCUCAAUACACCUGUAGAGAGAAUCAUACCCUCGUAGGUGACGCCGAGAGAAAUUGCGGAGACAAAGGAAUGUGGAGUGGCGAAUCUCCGAAGUGUCUCUUUGACUGGUGUCCAGAUCCUCCCCCAGUAUCCGGGGCAACAGUAGCCGUCAGUGGACACAAGGCUGGAUCCCUGGCCACGUACACUUGCCAGAACGGAUUCAUAUUAUUUGGAGCUCCAAGCGUAACCUGCACCCUAGGUGGCCUGUGGGCCGGUACUCCUCCAUCCUGCAAGUACGUGGACUGCGGUACUCCUGCGCAAGUGCACAAAGGUUCUUUCAGGCUCCUGAAUGGCACCACCACCUACGGCUCGGUGGCACAGUUCACAUGUGAACAGGACUAUUGGCUGGCCGGUGUUGAAGUCCUCACGUGCAACCGAGAUGGAAAAUGGUCUCAUGAUAUUCCAUCAUGUGAAUUGAUAACAUGCCCAGACCCCGAAGUGCCAGCUGGCGGAUAUAUGGAGGCAUACGACUACAACAUACAUUCAACCAUCGACUUCCACUGCGAAAAAGGACAUAAACUAAUCGGUGAACCGAGUCUCGUCUGUCAGUCUGAUGGAGAAUGGUCCGGAGAAUCGCCUAAGUGCGAAUAUGUGGACUGCGGAAAACUGCCAUCCUUACCAUACGGGUCAGCGGAUCUCCUGAAUGGCACAACGCAUCUCGGCAGCGUGAUCCAGUACUCGUGCACGACUAACUACAGACUGGUGGGACCCGUACGCAGGAUAUGUACCGAGGAACAUCAGUGGAGCGACUCCUCACCCCGCUGUGAAGAAAUUCGUUGCCCAGAACCAGUAGUCGCAGAAAACAGUAUUGUCUCUGUUACUGGAAACGAUCGCAUGCACGGUCGCACACUUAUCCGUACGUCUGUAUCCACAAAUAGUGGGAAUACGUAUAGAAUCGGCGCUCUGGUGAAGUACCGGUGCGAACGAGGUUACAAAGUGAUUGGAGAAAGUCUAUCGACCUGCGAGGAUAAUGGACAAUGGAGUGGUGUCACACCAAAGUGUCAAUAUGUGGACUGCGGCAACCCAGGGCGUCUGGAGAACGGAAAGGUUACCUUGGCCACCAACGCGACGUAUUACGGAGCAGCAGCAUUAUACGAGUGUGAGAAGCACUGGAAACUCGACGGUGUAUCGAGAAGACUCUGUCAGGACAAUGGCACUUGGAGCUCAGAAGCUCCAGUUUGCAAAGAAAUUACGUGUCCAGAUCCAACAAUCCAAGCCAAGGGCAGCACAGGCUUGGUCGUGGUCACUACCACGCUGAGUAUCGGCGGAGAGGCCCACUACCGCUGCGAACGAGGUUACAGCAUUAAGGGAAACCAGACUAGGAGUUGUCUCUCCAGAGGCCAGUGGAACGGGUCACCGCCUGUCUGUUUCCCGAUCGACUGCAAGGCACCAGGGACAAUUGACAACGGGCGAAUCAUUACAUCAAAUGGAUCUACCCUCUUCGGGAGCUCCAUUGAGUAUCACUGCCUGCCGCAGUUCCAACGAGUCGGCCCAUUCCUUAGAAAAUGCAUGGACGAUGGGAAGUGGUCCGGUGAAGAACCAAGCUGUGAACUGGUCUCGAAUGAGGCGAGUGACAGUGGAACGCUACCGCUCAGUGUGGGCGUCGGAUGUGGAGUGGUUCUUUUCUUGCUUAUAUUGCUGGGAGUCAUUUAUUUGAGACUUAGGAAGGCAACGCCAGUGAAGAAUACGGAAAACGUAGAAGGCGCUGAAAGGAAGGAAGACCAAAAUGCUGCUGUGAUGAGCUACGCUACCUUGCACGACACUAACGGAAGACAUAUCUACGACCACGUCACCGAUAAUGUGUAUGAUUCUCCGUACAGUGAGAGAUUAGCAGACAAUGUAACUUAUGGCAGAAGAAGCGACACCGACUCUGCUUAUGAGCCCGAGCCUACGGGGCCCAAUGCUGUAGUCACCAUCAACGGCGUCGCUGUACGUUGAGCCGCAACUCCGCAGGACAGUGAUAUUAAAACUCGAGUUAUCCGGCUCGAAGGACCAUUUCCAUAGGUAACCACGAUCGAUCCAAUGUGUCAUAUGACGUAGUCGAUGUUUUAAAUUAAUUUUAUUUGUUAUCGGUUCAAAAAAUGUUCCUGAGAAUUUGCCAAGUCGUUACCUCGGAUUUUUUAGUGUUUUUUUUGCAUUAGUGACAAAAUUUUCAGCAACGGUUACCAUUUUCCCUAGACGUCGAGUAUAUUAACUGUAUUAGCGUAAGUAUAGUUGUGUUUAUUUUGUGAAUACAAAAAUGAAGGAAGUGUUCGUGUGAUCACCAACCCUUACUAGGUAUUGUACCAAAGAUGUAAAUGUGUUGGAUUUUUUACAUAAUAAUUAUAUAGCGGACUACAAUUCUCUGUCAAUAAUAACAAUAUUGCUUGCAUAAUAAAUGCGGUUGUGUCAAAAGUAUAAAUAAUGCUUUCACUUCAAAAUUGUAUAAAUAAACUAAACGUAUUUAAUGAACUGAAAGUAUUAACACAUAGUUAAGUGAAUUUUUAUUAUGAAUGAAAAUUAAUGUAUUUAUUGUUGUACCGUGUAUUGGUAGGUAAAUAAAUUUUGAUGCCAAAAUAAUACUGCUAUCGCUUGGUAGAAUAGGUCUUUUUUGUAGUUCUAGAUUUUUUCAAUUUCAUUCUUUUGUUUAGCUUAGUAUAGUAAACUGUGUUAUAAAACCGCUGAUUUACAAUUUUCUACGUUUAGACGUAACUGAUUGGAGAGAUCUAUGUCCAUUGGUGGUUCGUUAAAGAUUUUCUUCUCGUCAGAUUAGAUUUUUUAAAUAUAAUUUUAUAAAUUUAAGCCAUACAUAGUGUCAAAAUUCGCCAAACAAAAUACUAUGUGUUUUAAAAGUAGUGUAAUAUCUGUCUACAUGACCCUUAGCUAUAUGAAUAACAUUUAAAAGCUAGCUAGAUCAUGAUAAGGCUAGUCACAGACGCAUUAAUGCUCACUACAUUCCUGAUUAGGAACGCUCUGUAGGACAAUAGGAAGAGAUAGCUCCGCCAUAUUGUCAUAGUCAAAUAGGAACAAGUCUGGUAGCUCUACAUUAAAGUGCGCGCUCGCCAUGCGCCGUGUACGGAUGGGUGCUCUAGCGCUACACAACACUGGUCGUCUCAACGUGCAUUUAAUUAUUAUGCGAAUGUGUGCGUCUCGGUUGCGCGCACAUACAAGAUGCGCUGUUAUGAGAUACGGAGUUGCCCUACUUGUUCUUAUUCUAUGGUCUCUAUUUUUUGAAGACAGAGUAAAAUGACAGUUCUUUUGCGCAAAAGUGUUGCCCGCUUGUGAGUAACUAGUGAUUGCAGUCCGUAAAUAUUCUAUUGGUUAUCGACUGAAUAUUGACCACGUUUGUGGAAUAAAUAACCGAACUUGUUUCAUUUGAAUCGUCGUCGAUUAUUCAUCCAAUUACUGAGCAUAAGUUCAUUUGAAUUGUCCAUUUUUGCGAGUUCAUACAUACAUACAUUGUAUUUAGAACCAUGUUUAUGAAUAAAAAUACAAAGAGGAAACAUAUUUUAAAGUUUUUCAUUUUAAUUCAAUAUAGUUAAUCAAAUCCGGCUAUUCUUGUUAACACGUGUAUAUGAUCAAAAUUGAUCUCGACAAUGGUAGGUCAACUGUCAAAAGAAGAAUAAAGAAGGCAAUAACGCAAUUAGUAAUCAUUAAAAUGUCGUAACAUUCACAAUUCAGUCAUUUUUGGCAAAAUUUUAUCUCCUUUCACAAUGUAUCGAUAAAUCUAUCGACAACAACUACGUAACUAUUUAAAAUUUUAUGAAAACUAACAACCCUAGAACUGUCAUUUUACUCCGUCUUCAAAAAUGACAUAGUAUGCUGUUGUCGCAAUUUCUAAAUGACGUCUCCAUACAACUCCCAUAAAAAUUAACAUUUUUAUAUUUACGCCACCGACAGCGUAUGGACCUUCCACAGUAAACUUUGCCUAAUUACAAAAAUAAGUAUCAAUUUAAAAUUCUAGUAACAUCACAAUGUGCCUGUUAUAUCAAUGUAUUUUUUAUAUUCUUUUUGUAAAUAGUAGAUAAGUAUACAUAGUAAGUAGAAAUCGAAUACAUCACUGCCUCCUUUGACACACUGAACGGAGCCAGGCACUAUAUAAGCCAAGCCCAUGACCACUGACCACAUAGUCCAGGCUUUACGCGUUAACAAUAUUCUCAUCUUGCAUUACAUAUAACACACAGUGUAACUGUGAACAUAUACCAUACGUAUUCCUAUACUACAAAUAUACGAGUAUAACUAGGCGGUCGAAGCUCUGCCGGAGCGCAGCAGUCUUUCUUAUUUUUUUGUUUCUUUUUUUUUCACAAUUAAAUUUAAUAUUUUCCCUUAAAAUGGUGACCUUUGAUCUAGAUUAUCUCAAGUCACAUAUCGAAAUAAACAAUUUCAUUGGAUUUCAAAAAAAUUUUUCUCGCUGCGUUUCGAUAAGUAUACUCGUACGUAGUAUGUAUAAAUAUAGAUUUAAGAAAUUACCGAAUUCUUGUUUAUCUACAAACCAAAAUAUUUAAAAUAAAAAAAUAACACUU